UGGCUAGAGAAGCUCCGCCCUGUCGUGACCGGUUGCUAGUCUCGUCGCGAAAACUAAGAGCCGUAGCUAAUGAAAGCAGCCGAGUAAAGAUGUUAUUUCAGUCGUUUCAGCAUUGUAGUAUAGCAAACACAAUAAAAAGGAUACUUGUUUAAUUUACAGUAAUUUCAGAUAAAAACUACGAUGCUAGCCAACUCGCUAGCCCUAUGUAGCCUGCUAGCCCAUAGGCUAAACUCAGCGGCGUGAAGAUUCAAGAGAACGGCUUGUUUUCAUUUCAAGACGUACCGCCAAACCCAAAAUGACACAGAAAGUGAAUCUGUGUUCAGUUGCUCUCAAAGUGGAGGGCAUGACGUGUGGAUCAUGUGUUCAGUCCAUAGAACAGCGGAUUGGGUCUCUCCCUGGAGUCAUUCAUAUACGGGUGUCUCUGGAGCAGAAGACUGCAACCCUGAUAUUUGACCAGGGUCAACAGAGCCCCGAGUCCCUGUCAGAAGCUAUUGAAGACAUGGGCUUUGAAUCAAGCUUUCCAGAUGGCAGCACGGCCACAGCGGUAUCUACAGAAACCCAGCUGAUCCCCACGUCGGCUCUGGCACCUGCAGCCCAUCAGGAAGCCCGAGAGAAGCUUUCACAGACCAAAGGAGUUCUGGAAGUUUGUGAGAGUCCCUCCCAGAAGGACCUCCAUAUCACUUUUGCCCCUUCCCUGAUUUCCACACUGGAGCUCAGUAAAGUAGUGGAAAGUCUGACACUUGCAGACGUCCAAACGUCUAAGAUGAAAGACGAUGGAGUCGCACUUUUAAAGUUACGCAUCGAAGGAAUGACUUGCCACUCUUGUGUCACCACCAUUGAAGGGAAGAUUGGAAAACUGAACGGAAUUCAAAAGAUCAAAGUUGUUUUGGAGUCUAAAGAAGCUACUAUCAUCUACCUGCCUUACCUCAUUACCCACCAGUCCAUCGUUGAGCAAAUCGCUUUUGCUGGAUUUAAGGCAUCUGUGAAGUCCAAACCUAAACCGUUGCAGUUGUCCAACAGAGACAUUGAGCGAUUUGCUGACUCUCAAAAAGCAACACUAACUUCCUCUUCAGAGGAGACAGAAGUCUUCAUAGACACAACCCUGGUGUUACUCGGGGUAAAAGGCAUGCACUGCCGUUCCUGUGUAGUGAACAUUCAGGACAACAUCUCAUUGCUGCCUGGUGUUUCAUCUGUGGAGGUCUCUCUUGAGAAGGAGCAGGCUACAAUUUGCUAUGAUCCCCACAAGGUGACUGUUUCUGCGCUGCAGCAGGCAAUUGAGGCGCUGCCUCCAGGAAACUUUAAGGUUGAAGCUCCAGGAUCAACUAACCCAGUGACUUCUGCACGUGCACAGCCUGCAUGUGUAACUCAAGCCAAACCUGCAGCUUUGCAGCCUUGUUUUACACAGCCUCUGGUAUCUACAGUCAACAUCCACAUUGAAGGCAUGACCUGCAACUCCUGUGUGCAGUCCAUUGAGGGGAUGAUCUCCCAAAGAAAAGGGGUGGUAUCAGCACAAGUCUCACUGGCAGAUCACCAGGGGAUUUUUGAGUAUGACCCCCUCCUGACCUCACCACAAGAGCUGAGGGAAGCAGUAGAGGAUAUGGGCUUUGAUGCAUUUCUACCUGAGACCAAUUCUCUGCUUGAGCCCAAUAUUACAACAUCUGCAAGUACAGCACCUGAUCAAGGGAAGGAGUUUGAUCCCAAAGAAGCCCACCGAGGAUCCACUGAGGGCACACACUCUAAAUGCUACAUCCAGAUUGGAGGGAUGACCUGUGCGUCCUGCGUGUCAAACAUUGAGCGAAACCUCAAGAACGAACCAGGGAUCUACUUUGUUCUAGUAGCAUUAAUGGCCAGUAAAGCAGAGGUCCGUUAUAACCCUGAAGUCAUCGAUCCUCCGAAGAUAGUGGAGUGCGUGAAAGAGUUGGGCUUCACUGCCUCCGUCAUGGAAAACUAUGAAGGAUCCAAUGGAAACCUGGAGCUUGUGAUCAGGGGGAUGACCUGUGCCUCUUGUGUUCACAAAAUUGAAUCCAACCUGAUGAAGGAAAAGGGAAUUGAAUAUGCCUCUGUCGCCUUGGCAACCAACAAAGCGCACGUUAAGUUUGACUCAGAGGUUUUAGGGCCGCGAGACAUCAUCAAGCUGAUUGAGAACCUGGGAUUUAAAGCUUCUCUGGUCAAGAGAGAUCGGUCUGCCAGUCACCUAGACCACAGCAAAGAGAUCCGGCAAUGGAGGAAAUCCUUCCUCAUUAGCUUGAUCUUCUGUGUUCCUGUGAUGGGCAUGAUGAUCUACAUGAUGGUUAUGGACCACCACAUGAAUGCUUCACAUCAUCACAACGCUACAGUCGAGGACCGGAACCAUUACCACUCCACCAUGUUCCUGGAAAGACAGCUUUUCCCCGGCCUUUCGAUCAUGAACCUUCUCUCCUUCAUUUUUUGUGUGCCUGUACAGUUUAUUGGAGGUCGCUACUUCUACAUUCAAGCCUAUAAAGCACUUAAGCACAAGUCUGCAAACAUGGAUGUGCUCAUUGUUUUAGCUACUUCAGUAGCUUUUAGCUACUCUCUGGUCGUCCUAAUAGUGGCCAUGGUGGAAAGAGCAAAAGUUAAUCCCAUCACUUUUUUCGACACACCUCCUAUGCUUUUUGUGUUCAUUUCAUUGGGUCGCUGGCUGGAACAGAUAGCUAAGAGUAAAACUUCUGAAGCUUUGUCCAAGUUGAUGUCUUUACAAGCAACAGAAGCCACAGUGGUCACUCUUGGCAGCGAUAAUGUUAUUCUCAGUGAGGAGCAGGUGGAUGUGGAGCUGGUGCAGCGAGGUGACGUGGUGAAAGUUGUUCCUGGAGGAAAGUUUCCCGUUGAUGGGAGAGUUUUAGAGGGGCAUUCAAUGGCUGAUGAGUCUCUCAUCACAGGUGAGGCCAUGCCAGUCACAAAAAAGCCCGGAAGCACCGUCAUCGCAGGUUCCAUUAAUCAGAAUGGUUCUCUGCUCGUCAGUGCUACGCAUGUUGGCAUGGAUACCACGCUGUCUCAGAUCGUUAAACUGGUUGAAGAGGCUCAGACUUCAAAGGCUCCCAUCCAGCAAUAUGCAGAUAAGAUCAGUGGCUACUUUGUGCCUUUCAUUGUUGCUGUAUCUCUGCUAACACUGAUCGUCUGGAUAAUCAUUGGGUUUUUGGACUUUUCUCUUGUCAAAAAAUACUUUCCAGGUUAUAAUGAGAGCAUUUCUAGAUCUGAGACCGUGAUUCGCUUCGCCUUCCAGGCUUCCAUAACUGUGUUAUGCAUCGCCUGUCCCUGUUCUCUUGGCUUAGCAACUCCAACAGCGGUGAUGGUGGGCACAGGGGUAGGAGCCCAAAACGGUAUUCUGAUAAAGGGAGGAGAGCCCCUUGAAAUGGCACAUAAGGUCCAGGCUGUAGUAUUUGAUAAAACUGGCACCAUCACAUAUGGAGCUCCAAAGGUUGUCCAGGUCAAAACAGUGGUGGAGGGGAACAAGAUGCCUCUCUCUCGUCUGCUGGCCAUUGUGGGCACAGCCGAAAACAACAGUGAACAUCCUCUAGGAGCAGCUAUCACCAAAUACUGCAAACAGGAGCUCGGCACAGAGUCUCUAGGCACGUGCACAGACUUUCAGGCGGUCCCAGGUUGUGGCGUCCGAUGUCAGGUCAGCAACACGGAGACGGUGGUGAAGCAGGGAGACAGCGACAGUGAGGACAACAACCAUCGGAACAGCGUGCUCGUUCAGAUCAGUGACACACGGACGUCCAGCAGCUCCCAUCCACUCAUCAUGGAUCCACAGCCACUAAGUUCAGGUCCGACAGACCUCUACGUCGUCCUGAUUGGGAAUAGGGAGUGGAUGAGGAGAAACUUCUUGGAGAUCACAGCAGAGAUUGAUGAAGCCAUGAUGGAGCACGAGCGCCGAGGACGCACUGCUGUUCUAGUAGCUGUGAACAAUAUGCUGUGUGCAAUGAUAGCCAUAUCUGACACAGUGAAACCUGAGGCUGAGCUGGCAGUCCAAACACUGACCAACAUGGGUCUGGAGGUGGUGCUGAUGACUGGAGACAACAGUAAGACGGCUCGGGUCAUUGCAGCGCAGGUGGGCAUCAGAAAGGUGUUUGCAGAGGUGCUGCCUUCCCACAAGGUGGCCAAAGUAGAACAGCUGCAGCAGGCUGGAAAGAUAGUGGCCAUGGUGGGUGAUGGGGUUAACGACUCGCCUGCUCUGGCCAUGGCUGACGUGGGCAUCGCCAUAGGAACCGGAACAGAUGUGGCCAUAGAAGCAGCAGACGUGGUGCUGAUCAGGAACGACUUGCUGGAUGUGGUCGGCAGUAUUGACCUUUCUAAAAAGACAGUAAAGAGAAUUAGGAUCAACUUUGUUUUUGCUCUCAUCUACAACUUGGUGGGAAUUCCUAUUGCUGCUGGAGUAUUUCUGCCCAUUGGUCUGGUUUUGCAACCGUGGAUGGGCUCUGCUGCGAUGGCGCUUUCCUCCGUCUCUGUGGUCGUGUCUUCUCUUCUUUUGAAAUGUUACACAAAACCCACUGCUGAGAAGCUGGAGGCCAGACUUGGUCAUAGCAAGCGUCAAAACAGCCUGUCGGACAUCAGCGUUCACAUCGGCAUGGGAGUCGUGCGGCGUCCCUCCCCCAAACUGAGCCUGCUGGAUCGCAUCGUCAACUACAGCCGUGCCUCCAUCAACUCCUUACGCUCAGACAAACAAUCGCUCAACAGUUUGGCGCUCAAUGAGCCCGACAAGCACUCACUGCUGGUGGGGGAGUCUGUGUGUGAGGAAGAGUUCUGCUGAAAACGUGGAGAGUACACUGCCACGGAGGACUGAAUCAGUGACUGGGUCGUGCCAAAAUGAAAGGGUCCCAACAGGUUUUAGCUCAUCCAUCUGCUCUCUGUGCCUCAGAUCAGCUCCCUUUACUGCAAGAAAGCAUGUUUGCCUCUUUACCUCGUGCAGCUGAUCAAAUGCACCUCAGCUGCAGUCUGUCCUUUAUGAAGACAACUGCCUUCAGUGAUGCUCUUAACAUUUUCAAAUCAUUCAGUGUCACGGAGCCUCCUCUUAGCGUUCAUGGAGGUGUCCAUGACCCAGAAAUAAAGGAAAAGUCCUCCUUGGAACUUUAACUAUUUGCCUUUACAAUCGUCAACAGCGGGUCCAAAGAUAUGAAGCAGAGAGAGGAUCUAAAGACAUUCAGUAUAUAUUUUUAUGAAUAUUCUUUAAAGAAAUUGAAACGCAAUUGUAUAAUCUUACUUAGAAAUAUUUAUAUAAGUAUUUAUCUUUUUUCUCCUCUUAUCUUUUGUGAUGAUUUUGUAAUUUAAACAUCAGUUUGGAUUUUCUGUCUCCUAAAAGAUGGAGUUUGUCGCUGACUGUGUAAAUCUUCAGCACACUAAGGAUUAUAAUCCCAAAGACGCUACUUAACAAACAAAAAGCUGAUAGUGGUGUGAACACAGCGUCUGCAGCAGAUGAUAACUAGUCAAAAAAGUCCAGAAAAAUCCCAAAGAUUUCUCUAUCCACUAGUUAUAGUCCCAGAAGUGAAGUUUUGAAAAACAAAAUUAUCAUCACCUUGUAAAAGAAAAUCUGAUGAAGUUGUCACAUGAGUGACUUGUCUCUGUCUGAUGAACACAGAAGUCGGCCCACAUUUUAUUUCAUGCUGCUGAAAAAAAUAGGACGUGUUUAACAAUGUUAUUGUAGUGAGUCAAAUGUCUCGGUAUAUCUGUGUAUUUUUAUUGGUUUAAGAUAGCCUUAAACUUAGAGGUUGAACAUGUUACUGAAUACAAAAUAAAAGUGUCAGUCAUGGGCUCUUACUGCCAUAUAUGUUUGCAGAAUUGUUUAAGCCAAAAUUACAAAUUCCUUUGAUAGGACAUCGGUUUAUCCUGCUGCUUUUUUAUUCUGUAGUGCUCACAUCCUGCCAGGUGAAGUUAAGUCAUUCUUUUUGGUGCAAUGUUCUCUAAAAGCGUUCACGCGACUUCAGAUUAAUUUUUUCUGCAGUCCAUGUUUGCUCUAUUGCAUAGCCCUUUGGAGAUUGUGUGCCUUGGAAUUAAAAAGCUUUUGCAAAGGAA